AUGUCGUCCCAGUCACGCAGCCCACGGUCCACUUCUCCAGCGGCUGGCACGGGCAAAGAAGACGGGCCACGGAUGCUGUCGCCGCUGCGAGAGGGGCUGACUUCGCAAGAAGCAGCCGGGCAGAUGCAUCUUCCCUCUCCCUCAAAUGGCGGCGCCCCCAAGAUCAUGCGCUCUGCCCCCACUGGGUCGCCCAUGUCGGCCAAAGAGCCCAGCGAGUUCCCCUUCCACGCGCCCGCCACCAUAGCCAAUGGCACUGUCGGCCCCAUUGCCACCAUCGAGCCCCCUCCUGUCAGAGCGCCGAAGCCCUCGUCGCACACAUCGAAUGGCUCCACCGGGUCCUACUAUCCCCCCUUUGCCCCUGUUUCCCGACAACCCACCGGCGACGGCGCCGGUGGAGGGGAAUCGGACGUGCCACGCGAGCGCAAGAGCGUCCAGUUUGCCCGCCCAAACAACUACAACAAUACGACGGACCCGCUGCCAGCAAGCUCACGCCAACAGUCAUGGGAGGCUACCGAGGGCGAGACUGAAGGCAAAGGCAAAGAGAGGGAGCGAGAGAGGCAGGGCAGCUCGUCACUCAUAGGCAAGCUGAGGGCGCUGGCAUCGCCCAUGCAGGGACAUGGUCGGAGCCUGAGCGCCUUGACGGGAGCCUCCUUGGGGCCCGACACCUCCCCCCAUGGCCAGCUCUCCCCAACCUCGGAGCGUGACGAACCUCGCUAUGACGGCGCACACGACAGCGAAGCGGAUGCAGACGGCGAGUCGAGUGCGGGCGAAGGGGGCUCACGCCUGCCCAGACGGCGCAAGAGGACCCGGCGCUGGUUUGAUGGCGAAGGUGAGGGAACACAAACGGCCCCUACAACCCCAAAGCAUACAGGCCCUUCCUUCUUCUCGCGCGACUCGCCCAGCGGCACGCCAACAUCCUCACGGCCUGCCUUUUUGCGCCGUGGCACAAUGGACAACAUACCCGAAACCGACCGCCAGGGCUACUCGGAAGACGAGGGCCGCUCGCGCAUAGCCAAGGAGAGUGCGUGGUCGCGAGGCCUGCACAGUGCCAGGGGGCUGUCGUAUGGGGGUCUGCGCAGACACGAUCCAAACGCUGAGGAAGAGACCGCAGAACAUCGCCCGGGCCAGCGGCGUGCCAUUACCGCUUUUAAGGGAGCGGCCGGCGAGACGCAGCCUUCUCCGUGGCGUAUGCGCAGUGAGCGCACUUCUAGUUUGAGUGCGCAGAAAUGGAAGUCGAUCAAGAACAGCCUGAAGCUACUCGGCAACAGGGCCAAGGCAGAACGGCAAGUCGACCAUGCAAAGUCGGCAGAGCUCAUGGCCGAACUGCUGGCCGGAGCGCCUGCUGCUCUGUUCCUGGCCAGCAUGUUCCAGCGCGAUGAGCAUGGUCACAAGCGCAUACCCGUCCUUCUCGAGCAGCUCAAAGUCACCAUCAGUGACCCCGACAAGUCCAAGGUGGACAAGAAGCAGGACAAGGAUGGCGACCGACAUACCGCUCUGCGCUUAGAGCUUGAGUAUGGAAGUGGCAUGACGCGCAUGAAGUGGGUAGUCUACAGAACUGUCACCGACUUUGCAAACCUCCAUCUCAAGUUCAAGAUUCAAGAAAAGCAAGACUCCUUCCGAAACCGACCCUCGACUCGCGCCAAAGAGAUCAAAGACAAGGCCAAGGAUGGUGACAACGAAGAGGAAGACAAGGUGGAUCCACGCACCAAGCUUCCGCGCUUCCCCAGAAGUGUCAUGCCCUACCUCCGAGGUCUCCGUGGUUAUGGUAGCUUGGAAGAGGAAGAGGAGGAGGAGGAGGAAGAUCCUGCUGCUGCUAGCGGGCCCGACGGUGAUGCCAGCGCCACCGAUCGUCCUGGACGCUCCAGGCGCAACAAGUCAUCCUCAUUCCUCACACGCCGCAAGUCUAGUAUAAGUGGGACGCAACCCCCCGGUACGCCUGGCCAAUCUGCUGCAGCCCGUCAGGGUAGUGUCGGGGGCGCACCAGGGCCAUUGCAAAUCAAGCAGAACCACCACGAGCGACAAAGAAAGAAGCUCGAAGCCUACCUCCGAGGUCUCAUGACCUAUCUCAUCUUCCGACCCGACAGCAACCGCCUGUGCAAGUUUCUGGAGCUCUCUGCUCUCGGUGUACGGCUCGCCGCAGAGGGAGGCUAUCAUGGCAAGGAAGGGUACAUGAUGAUCAAGUCUUCAAAGGGCGUUGAUAACCGUAAAGCUUGGGCCAAGAUACCCAAGAUGAAUCGGCAUUGGCCCAAGUGGUUUUUGGUCAGGCAUAGCUAUAUCGUCUGCGUAGACUCACCGGAAGAGAUGAACGUGUACGACGUCUUCUUAGUCGAUGCAGACUUCAAAUUGGAAUCCAAGUCUGGCAGGAUACGAGACAAAAAGGCCAGAGACAUUGCCAGCGAAGCAAAAGCAUCGGCAACAGGUCAUCACCAGCUCAAGCUAUCCAACUCUGAGCGCAAGAUGAAGUUGCUGGCCAGGAACGACAAAAUGUUGCAGCAGUUCGAGGAAUCAAUUUCAUUCAUGGCGCAGAACACGUUGUGGUCGCAGCGUCAACGAUUCGACAGCUUCGCACCUGUUCGCAGGAAGAUCUACGCGCAAUGGCUUGUUGACGGACGCGACUACAUGUGGAAUGUCUCGCGGGCGAUCAGCAUGGCUCGGGAUGUCAUCUACAUUCACGACUGGUGGCUCAGCCCUGAGCUGUACUUGCGUCGUCCAGCGGCUAUCAGCCAAAAGUGGAGAUUGGACAGACUGCUCCAGCGCAAGGCUCAGGAAGGUGUCAAGAUCUUCGUCAUCAUGUACCGCAACAUUGGUGCAGCCAUCCCCAUCGACUCGGAAUACUCCAAGUUUUCGCUACUUGAUCUGCAUCCAAAUGUCUUUGUCCAACGGUCACCGAAUCAGAUUCGUCAAAACACCUUCUUCUGGUCGCACCAUGAAAAAAUUUGUGUCAUUGAUCAUACAGUGGCCUUUUGUGGCGGUGUUGAUCUGUGCCUUGGUCGAUGGGAUACACCGCAGCAUGCUGUAAUGGACGACAAGCCAACAGGCUUUGAGCUCGACGACACGCCAAAGGAUGCCGACCACUGUCAGUUGUGGCCUGGCAAGGAUUACUCGAACCCUCGUGUUCAAGACUUCUUUGCGCUAGAUAAGCCCUACGAAGAAAUGUACGACCGCUCCAAGGUCCCCAGGAUGCCUUGGCACGAUAUUGGAAUGCAGAUUGUUGGGCAGCCAGCUCGCGAUCUCACGAGGCAUUUUGUACAGCGAUGGAACUAUCUGCUUCGUCAACGGAAGCCGUCUCGACCGACUCCGUUCCUGCUUCCGCCACCAGACUUCAACCCAGCCGACAUUGAGGCUCUCGGCCUUGAUGGCACGUGCGAGGUCCAGAUUUUGCGGUCAGCAUGUGCUUGGUCGCUAGGAACGCCAAACAAGGUGGAGCACAGCAUCAUGAAUGCCUAUGUCCAGAUGAUUGCCACGUCUGAGCACUUUGUGUACAUUGAAAACCAAUUCUACAUUAGCAGUAGUGAGGUUUUGGGUACAAAGAUUGAAAACAAGAUCAACGACGCUUUGGUGGAUCGCAUCAAACGUGCCCACGCCAAUGACGAGGAUUGGAGGGCUUGCAUCAUGCUUCCGCUCAUGCCAGGCUACCAGAACACGGUCGAUGAGCAAGAGGGUAGCAGCGUUCGGCUCAUCAUGACAUGUCAGUAUCACAGCAUCUGUCGUGGCGAGUCCUCUAUCUUUGGACGACUCCGUGCGGCUGGUAUCGAGCCAGAAGACUACAUCCAAUUCUACGCACUGCGGUCGUGGGGUGAAAUUGGGCCCAACAAGAUGAUCGUCACUGAGCAGUUGUACAUCCAUGCCAAGGUCAUGAUUGUAGACGACCGGGUGGCAAUCAUUGGUUCGGCCAACAUUAACGAGCGCUCUAUGCUGGGAUCACGAGACUCUGAAAUUGCGGCUGUUGUCCGUGACACUGAACUUCUCGACUCUUACAUGGCCGGACAGCCAUACAAGGUUGGCAAGUUCCCGCACACACUACGUAUGCGUCUGAUGCGCGAACAUUUGGGCAUCGAUGUUGAUAGCAUUACCGAGGAUGACCUCAUCAGCCAAUUGGCGUCUGAUGCUGAUAGUGUUGGCUUCCACACCGAGUCUUCUGGACCGAAUUCACCCACGGCGCAACGUGCGACCGAGCAGAAGCUAGAGGAAAACAAGCAUAAGAUGCAGGACGAACUCAUAGCACGUGCCGAGAAGCUUCAUAGCUUCAAUCAUGACUUUGAUUGGGCACAGGAGGAGAAUCCUCAUCUGCAGAAUAGCAAGAAGCCAUCUGGCGAUGCUCGCGUGCAACACAACGAGAAGCAUGAGAAGGAUGUGCAUGGCGAGGGUGUAGAUCACAUGCUAGAGCUUGAGAAGAAUCGGCCUACGGUCGCUCAUGCUCGCGACUCUUACAUUGAUGAACACGGCUACGAAAAACUUGUCACAGAUGUCGCCGCAGAGAACACGCCUAAGAAGAGCUCGACGACUCGAACUCGUGGCCGUAGCGGCACAACUGGUACCCGCAACAGCGGUCUGAGCAACCAAACGGAAGGCUACGCCGGCCUUCCACCACCUCGUAUGCCACGAAUGGACACUACCAAACUUGGCCUCACACAACUCAGCCAACUCCCCGCCUUGCCUCUUCUCGACGACUCAGACAUUGGCGGUCCGCCUCUGCAACGCACAUUUAGCUAUGCCUCUUCCUCCGUCAUCAAUCCUCUCCUCGCUGAAAUGCGCCGUCCUGUUGUUACGGAAGACUGUAUGCGCGACCCAAUCAACGACUCCUUCUUUCUCGACACGUGGCAUCAGGUUGCUGAGAACAACACGAAGCUGUUCCGUCAGGUCUUCCGUUGUAUGCCCGACAAUGAUGUCCGCACGUGGAAAGAAUACCAAGAAUACGCUGCCUUUGCCGAACGGUUUGCCAAAUAUCAGGGCGGCGAGAAGAGCCAGCAACAUCGUGCACAGGAUGCAGCUGGUAAAACAGGACCGCCAGGGGCGAAUACAGGACUCACCGAUAAAAUGGGGAAUGUAGGAAAGACUGUCGGUGCACAGGCAACGGCUCUGGGCGACAAACUAAGUGAUAAGUUGGGAAAUCAGAAUGAAAAGAGUGGUGGUGGUGCACAAGAUUCCUCCCACCCGAACCAUCACUCGCGCAUCGGCGGCGUAGAACAGUGGGCUGAAGACCAAGACAAGCGCGUACAAUCGCAGUCCCCGCCUCCACCACCUGGCUUCAGUAACGGCGGUCUCCACCUGGAAACCAACGCGUCGAAUGAAAAACACGGCCUCGCACCCAACGAGCCAGCAGACGAUGCCGUCGUCUCCCCAAUGAACCCUUCCCCCAUCGGCAAAACAUUCACCUUCCCCGCCCCACCCCCCAUUCCCACCGACCCAGACACCUCCACCACCACCACAAACACGAAUCCACGCACCCGCAACGUCACCAUCACCGAACCCAUCCACCCCAACACCAACACCAACACGCCUCCCACCCGCACGAGCACCAAGCGCUCCCGCCGCCGCGCCACAACCAAGUCCAGCACCCGCCAGUUCCACGCCGCAGACGCGGACAUUAUGCUCGACAAGGAAGAUGCGAAGAAGUUGCUCGAGUUGGUGCAGGGCCAUUUGGUGGUUUGGCCGUAUGAUUGGCUGGAGAGUGAGGAGAGAGGGGGUGGCUGGCUGUAUAACGUGGAUCAGAUUGCGCCGUUGGAGAUUUAUAAUUGA